AAGGGAAGGGGUCGCUGAAGUUGACGGAACCGCCAUCUUGAAAAGUGCCCUCCGAUGAUCUACCUUUUCGCGCCUGUCAGAAUCAGUUUUAAACGCUUUAUUUUCCUAACCGGAAUUUCGUGUUUGCUCGGUGUUUGUUUCGUCGAGGCUUCGGGCUAAUGGCAAGAUAAAGCUGCAUGCUGGAGACUCACCGUUUACCGUUACCGUUGUCUAUCGGUGUGUGCUGUUGAACUGCUGUAUGUGUGCGUGUGUGUCAGUCUGUCCAUCACCGCUGUCUGCCUGCCUGUCUGUCCAUCCGGCUCGACUGGAAUGGGCCACAACUCCCAAAGACUAGAACACACCUCUUUUUAACCUGAGCUCCGCUGUCUGGACUCUAACAUACAGAGCCAACAUGUUUUGGAAAUUUGACCUCCACACCACAUCCCACAUUGACACGCUGUUAGAGAAAGAGGAUGUGACGCUGACAGAGGUGAUGGAUGAGGAUGACGUCCUGCAGGAGUGCAAGGCCCAGAACCACAAACUGGUUGACUUCCUGCUGAGACCACAGUGCAUGGAGGACCUGGUCACCUUCAUCACACAGGAACCCAAUACUGAUGUUGAGGAGAAGGUUAAAUACAAGUAUCCCAACAUAUCAUGUGAGCUGCUUACAUCAGAUGUGGGCCAGAUCAAUGACAGACUGGGAGAAGAUGAAAAACUGCUGAUGAAACUGUACGGCUUCCUCCAGAAUGAGCCGCCUCUCAACCCACUCCUGGCCAGUUUCUUCUCUAAGGUCCUGUCCAUUCUUAUAGGACGCAAGCCUGAACAGAUAGUGGAGUUUCUGCGGAAGCGGGAGGACUUUGUAGACUUGAUGAUUAAACACAUUGGGACAUCGGCCAUCAUGGACCUGCUGCUCAGAAUGCUCACCUGCAUCGAACCACAACAGCUACGACAGGACGUUCUCAAUUGGCUGAACGAGGAGAAGGUGAUUCAGAGACUGGUGGACAUGGUACAACCUUCUCAAGAUGAGGAUUUGAAUCAGAGACACUCCAAUGCAUCCCAGUCACUGUGUGAGAUCAUCAGACUGAGCAGAGACCAGAUGUUCCAGGUGCAGGGCUCCUCAGAUCCCGACCCUCUUCUGGCCACACUUGAAAAGCAGGAGACGGUGGAGCAGCUGCUUUCAAAUAUCUUCGACAAGGAGAAGAAUGAAUCUGCAAUUGUCAGUGUUAUCCAGAUCCUCCUCACAUUGUUCGAGACCAGGAGACCAGCGUUUGAGGGUCAUAUGGAAUGCCCCCCUGGGAUGUCCCACCCUUCAUUUUCAGUGAACCACAGCAUCCUGGAGGCUGUGAGACCCCGACUCAAAGACUUUCACCAGCUGCUACUGGAACCUCCAAAGGCGAAUGUGAUGAAGACAACGUGGGGGGUGCUGGACCCUCCUGUGGGCAACACCAGGCUCCAUGUGGUUAGACUGGUGGCCAGCCUGUUGCAGAGCAACACACAUAGCAUCAACACAGAACUCAUUAACCUCAACACACUGGGAGUCAUACUAGACAUGUAUUUCAAAUACAUCUGGAACAACUUCCUCCACAUUCAAGUGGAGAUCUGCACAGCCAUGAUCCUGGCUAUGCCCCCCGCCCCCAAUGACAUCCAGCCAGACACAGAGCAGGAAAAUGCGAGGGAGAGCAUCCUCAUCAAACACCUGUUUCAAAAGUGCCAGUUUAUACAGAGAAUUGUAGAAGCCUGGAGCUCCAAUGAGAAAGAACAGGCAGAAGGUGGUCGGCGACGAGGCUACAUGGGGCACCUCACCAGAAUAGCCAACUCUAUAGUUCAUAACUGUGACAAAGGCCCUAAUGGACCACAGAUACAACAGCUCAUAUCUGAGCUCCCAGCAGAGGACAGAGAGAAAUGGGAGGCCUUUAUUUCUGGGCAGCUGUCUGACACAAACAAGAGAAACACUGUUGACCUGGUGAACACGCACCACAUUCACUCUUCCAGUGAUGAUGAGGUGGACUUUAAAGACAGCGGGUUUCACCAGGACUCCUCUUUACAACAAGCCUUUUCUGAUUAUCAGAUGCAACAAAUGACGUCCAAUUUUAUUGAGCAGUUCGGCUUCAAUGACGAAGAGUUUGCUGAUCAGGACGAUGUUGUGGAUAUUCCCUUUGAUAGAAUAUCAGACAUCAAUUUUUCACUGAAUACAAAUGAAAGUGCGAAUAUAGCUCUGUUUGAGGCACGCUGUAAGGAGAAAAUCCAGCAGUUUGAAGACGCUGGUUCAGAUGAGGAGGACAUCUGGGACGAAAAAGAUGUCACCUUUGCACCAGAGGCACAGAGACGCCCCAGGAGUUCAGGCAGCACGGACAGUGAGGAAAGCACAGACUCGGAGGAGGAGGAUGCCAAGAGAGAUCCAUUCGAAGCUUCCAACCCCAGCACCGAUGACAGAAUGGAAGUCGACACAGGGCCUGUGUGGACAGCCAAUUUUGAUGACAUCCCCAUGGACACAGGUACAUCCACAGCUCCAGCCUCCAGCCCUAACAACCCCGCUGCCUCCUCUCCCUUGUCCUCCUCCUCCACAGAAGACCUCCCCGAGGCAGCAUGGAGCUCGGCUCCUUCCGCUAACUCCAACUCUGAAACAGGCUGGGCCGAUUUCUCCAACUUCACCCCUGUCAGCCCCAAAGACCCUCUGAGGUGCAACUCUCCUGUUGCUAUGGAAACCAGCAUAGAGACAAUAGACCCUCUGGGGGUCAAUGCACCUAUGCAGCCUGAAGAUUGUGAUGGCUGGUUGGGUACCAGUGUGGCUUCUUCCUCCUCCACCUCACCAAAGGAUUGUGGGAGAUCUAAAGCGGAGGAGGAAACUGCUUCAUGUGAGCAACGCAGCAUCACAGAGACGGUCAUCAAUGGCUCCAUGAAAGAAACGGUCAGCCUCACUGUUGAUGCCAAGACUGAGACUGCCGUCUUCAAGAGUGAUGAAGAGAAGAGUGCUUCUUCAGAGAAAUACUCAGUAGGGGAGUGUGUGGAUUCGGAGAGAACAGGCGUCAACAGCUCAGCCGCAGCCUGCUGUCCCAAAACAGGCAGUGAGAAGUGUCGGUCCCCUGCAGAGCUUCCCAAUGGUCCUCUAGAGGAGAUGACCGCCAUAGAGGAGGCCAAACUGGACCAGAGUGCCGUGUCCUCAGAGCCAGCUGUCAACGGGCCUGCAUGAGGGUCGUCUAACGCCAGCCAAUGUCCAGCCUGUUCUGCCAUGCGGGACCUCUUCCUGGCCAGCCAGCGGAGGCCACUGCUCAGAGCUGUACCAAUCACACGCCCCCACCAGGACCAGCAAUACUCCCAUUGGCUCACCACAGACAGACAAACAGGUGUACAGACACAGGAUGAACUGAGAAACAAAAUGAGAGACAUACUCAAAUGGAUACAGAAUAAUUUUUUUUCUGCAUUUGUUUAUAUACUAUUGAUCUUAUGAGGUGAUGUGCGACUGAUAUCUUGCCACUCAAAAUUAAAUAGUAAUGUUGCUAUAGUUAAAGAAAUGAUUGUAUGAAUAAAAUAUUUUAUAAAAAUAAAAAUGUAUACAGAAACAUAAGAUUAAUUACCACAGAAACAGGAAAUAGCUGGUUGGCGUCUCAACCAACCACUAAGCUGUUGUUACUGGCCGGAUCUGUUAUCCUGCACACUUAAUACAACAGUUGCUAUAUUUAAAAAUUUUCACCCACCAUUGGUCUGUGUCGACGAGCAGAGCUGCUCCUACCAAUUGAAACACGUUUUAAGAAACACGUUUAAAGUUUUAUUUUGCUGCAGGUAAUAUUUGUAAAUGUUUUUCUCUUGUAUUCUUCUGCAUUGAGUAAGAUUUGACACGCUUUUUUGGUAUAAUUUUUUUUAUUUAUUAUGAAAGUAAGAUGAUGGUUAUGUUUUGUUACUAAAGAGCCAUACCAGCAUGCACUCUCCCCUUCUAGCAGGCUGCAUUCAUGCUAACUGGGUUCCUACCUCGCAGCUAGAAGGCUAAACAGGAGAGAAAAAAACGUAUGUCGUCACCACAGCCUGAACUGGGAGCUGCAAAUGCAUUCUGAGCUUGUUUUUUUUUUUUUUUAGUCCCAACUAAACUUCUUUAGAACCACAGUCGUCCUCUUUGGCCCCAAUGUAAAACAUUUUCUGAAGUGCUUUUUAGACCAAUUGUUCUCAAUUUGGGGUCUCCCUUUAGAUGUACACAUGUACAGUCAUGGAAAAAAUAUUAAGCCACCAAAGUAUAUUUGUUUGGACACAUAUAAUGAUAAAAACAAAAAUAGCUCAUAAGAGUUUCAUUUAAGAGCUGAUAUCUAGCCAUUGUCCAUGGUUUUCUUUAAUAACCAAAAUCAUAAUCAAGAAAACCAUGGAAAAUGUCUAGAUAUCAGCUCUUAAAUUAAACUCUUAUGAGCUAUUUUCAUUAUAAUUAUAUUUGUCCAAACAAAUGUACUUUAAGUUGUAACAGGCAUUAAAAUUAACAAUUAAUUGAAGAAAACAAGGGUGGUCUAAUAUUUCUUUCCAUGACUGUAUAGCUAAUUCUAUUGCAGGUUGAAGAUGCAUCUGAACAUUAUGCAGAAUUUGGAUUUUAGGUAGCUAUAGCAUAUUAGAUGGCUUGGUGGUAGAGAGAAGGUUGGCUGGUACACAAACUAAACGCAGGACCAUGAAAUUAAAUGAUUCCAGCUAUUAGUAGUUAGCCUCUGAAAUAUUAACCAGUGCCAAGCCUGGUGGAGCUUCAUGUGAUUCUGAUAAGAAUUUAUACCUGAAGAGAAUUAAGUUGCAAUUGUAAAUUUGGACUACUGUGAUAUCAGCUGCUGAUCAAGUUCUAGCCACAGUUGGAUAACUUUGAAAAGGUAAAUUAAGUUGUUAACCUGCUAUUUGUUCAUUGUGGAAGGAUAGAAUGUUUGGCACUAUCUCAGAAGAUACUGUGCAGCUUUUUGGCCUUCAUUCCAAGUUCCUGCCUUCCUUUGUGCAUUGCAUUUUGUCCUGUCAGCAGUAACCAAAGCAACCCCCUACACACCACACACCACCAUCACAAAAUCCUAGUGUUUUGCUGUAAUUUUUAAUUCAGUAUGAUGGUUUGAGUAAAGCAUCACUGAGUUCAAAGCAGCUACAGUCAUCUUGUCAGAAUGCAUCCUUGUUCUACCAGUUUUUCCUUUGAAUCACCACUUUUGCUUUAACUUUGCCGAUUUUCAAACCGCUCUGUGAAUAUAUUUUUGAGGUGCCUGCAGCGCCCCCUGGUGACACAAAGCCAGUUGAAAAUCAGAAAAGUUUCCCUUUUUAAAAUUCCACCUUCGUGAGACAAUGGAUUCAUUUGGAAAUGUAAUUUAGGAUUUCUAGUUGCCUCUGUAUAUACAGUGUAUGGCCUUUUAGCUAUGGUUUGGUCUUCACCAAUUCUUGAGAAAAAUGUCAGGAUUUUGAGCUGCUUAAUUUUCUUAACAUUAUAAAUAUAGGACCAACUUUUAUGAUGGGCAAGUUGUUAGACUACUGAUAAAAAGCUAUCAACUAAUCUUGAUUGGCAGCAGAUCUGUUGCAGCAUUACUGAAUAUCCAACCAUAUUAGGUUCACUUUGGCACGAAGCCCUAAAUAGACCAUUUUCCAAUCAUGUACCUGCAACGAAAUUUGUUUUUUUGUUGUUUUUUUGUUCCAUCUUGGGAACAAUUGAGUCACUGGUUGGGAUUUGGUUCCAAAAGAAAAUGUAACACAAAGUUUUCUGUACCAGCAUGGGAAAGGCAAGAAGCUAUUUACAGGUGAUGGUACAACCCACUUUUUGUCAGAUUAUUAAUAAUUAAAUUUCCAUCUUACUUUCUGAA